AUGGAUUUUGUAUAUGAAACAAAUGAAUCUAUUUUUAACGAACAAAAAAUCUUAAAACUAAAACGUAAAGUGAAGAACCAAAGAAAAAUCAUAAAGUAUAAAAAACUUUACGAAAAGUACAAAGAACUUUAUUUGAAAGAGAAGAAACAAAACAAAGAAAUCGUUUCUCUAUUGAAUGAUGCUCGUGACUAUUUUGGAAAAUGUUGGGGGAGUUUUCUCAACGAUGUUGAGGAAGUAAAACAAUUCGACGAUUAUUCAAGAUAUCUUGUGAACGAUAUCUUAAAAGAUGGUCAAGUCGAAAAUGAAGAAGUUAUCGACUUAACAAAUAAAGAUGGUGUCAUCGAUAAGGUUGAUGAUAAAGGAGAUUUUGAUUACGAAUACUAUCUUAAACUCGAUAAUGCAAAUUUAUUCGAUGAUUGUAGUUUCAUGCAGUACUUUGAACACAAUCAUAACUCUAUCGUUAAAGAUUCAUCAGUGUAA